AUGAAUGGUAGCAUUGAAGAAACAACAACAACAACAAAGACGGUUCGUAGAGCGACUACACCACCGUUGACGACGAGUUCAGAACCACUACCAGCCAAUGUCAAUAAAGUAGUGUAUGGUCAGUUUGAAAUGGGCGCGUGGUUCUACUCUCCUUACCCCGCUGAUUUCGGAUCACUGAUGGAUCGUCUUUACAUUUGUGAUUUCUGUUUGCGUUAUAUGAAAAAAGAUACCCAAUUAGCCAGCCACAAGCUACAUUGUAAAGCCAAAAAGCCACCAGGAAGGGUGAUUUAUUCGAAUAAUGAUUUAAAAGUAUACGAGGUAGAUGGUCAAGAACACAAGCUUUACUGUCAAAAUUUGUGCUUGCUGGCCAAACUGUUUUUGGAUAACAAGACGCUGUAUUUUGAUACAGAAGGCUUUAAUUUCUAUGUUUUAACAGAACGCAACAGUAGAAACAAAAGUGUGGAUAAUAUGGUUGCUUAUUUCUCCAAGGAGAAAAUAUCCUACGACAAUUAUAAUUUGGCCUGUAUUAUGACCUUACCAUCACAUCAGAGACGAGGUUAUGGGCGACUGCUGAUUGAGUUGAGUUAUGAAUUUUCGAAACGCGAAGGCAAGAUUGGAUCGCCAGAGAAGCCCUUAUCGCGUUUGGGCAGCCUAGGGUAUCAGUCGUACUGGUCGUCUACGAUCCUCGCCUCGCUGAUUCAUUUUGAAGGAGACGUCACGAUUGAUGAGAUAUGUAAAGAGACAUGCAUCCAUAAAGACGACGUGAUAGACACAUUGGCAAGACUAGACUUGCUUUGCUAUCGUAAAACAUUGGCCGAUGGAAGACAAAACAUUUGCAUUACGCAUCAAAUGAUAGAAGAUACCUUGACCGAAUUCAAUAUUAAAUUGGGCCGCAAAUUGAAUCCAGAAUGCAUCAAGUGGAAGUGA